AUGGCGCCCUGCCCUUACCGAAUUGUCUAUCCCGGUCCUAAUGAUGGGAAACUGGCGUUCAAACGAGAUGAAAUGCUGCCUGGCCACUUCAUUCGAUAUGGUGUCCAAAAUGGAACAAAACUGCGAUUGCCAGAUUGGCGGCACCUGAGUGAAAGCACGAGUUUUACCGCAGAGGAUGGCAUUAUUUAUAACCGUGGCGACUUUAUAGAAGUAGACACUGGUUCCGCGAGUUACUCGAUCGCCAUCCUUCUCGAAGUUCGCCUUCUCGAAGUGCACCGAAAACUUGAUGGCCGCAAGAUAGUGCCAGAGUCAUGCCAAAAGUAUCUGCGGGUUUUUUGGAUGUAUCGGCCGAGCGACAUGCUCGCAAAACCAAGAACGGAGUGUUCCGGACUUUACAAGUCAAAUCAUAUGGAUAUCAUCAACGCGUCGUGGGUUGAAUCAAAAGUGGCAGUCGAACCGAAACCGGCAUCAUACUACUGCUACAAGAGAGAAAGGUUGUUCUACCUUGCGAAGCGUACGGGCUUCUUCCCACCAAAAAUCCAAAAUGUCGAGAGGACGGCCAAGAGGACGGCGAAGGAUGAUCGCAAACUCGAAAGGGAGCACAUGAUCUUGAGGAAAGUGAUGGCAGACGUUUACUACUCUUAG